GUCGGCGUGGCCAUGGUGCUGGUGCUGCUGGUGGCCAUCCCGCUGCUGGUGCACAGCUCCAAGGCGGCCGCGCACUAUGAGAUGCUGGGCAGCUGCCGCAUGGUCUGUGACCCCUACCCCGGCCCCGAGCUGCCCGCGGCCUCCCCGCCGCCCUUCCUGCCCGGUGCUAAGGGCGAGCCAGGCCGCAAGGGUCGUGCCGGCGUACGGGGACCCCCGGGACCCCCGGGACCACGGGGGCCACCGGGUGAACCGGGCCGGCCGGGGCCACCGGGGCCACCGGGGCCAGGUCCCGGGGGGUACAUCCCCUCCUUCUACAGCCCCAAGAUCGCCUUCUACGCGGGGCUGCGGAAGCCCCAUGAGGGCUACGAGGUGCUGCGCUUCGACGACGUGGUCACCAACGUGGGCAACUACUACGAGCCCUCGAGCGGGAAGUUCACCUGCCCCCUGCCCGGCAUCUACUUCUUCACCUACCACGUCCUCAUGCGCGGCGGCGACGGCACCAGCAUGUGGGCUGACCUCAUGAAAAACGGGCAGGUCCGGGCCAGCGCCAUCGCGCAGGACGCAGACCAGAACUACGACUACGCCAGUAACAGCGUCAUCCUGCACUUGGACGUGGGGGACGAGGUCUUCGUCAAGCUGGACGGGGGCAAAGUGCACGGCGGCAACACCAACAAGUACAGCACCUUCUCCGGGUUCAUCAUCUACCCCGACUGACCCCUCCGGGUCCUCCCCAAAACCCACCCCCAUCAGUGCUCCGUGUCCCCCUCCCCGCAUGCAGCACCCCAAGGGUGGCAUCGGGGUGUCCCGGUGCUGUCCCCAUCCCUGCAGCUGAUCGUGGGGCGUCAUGACCCCCCCAAUAAAACACUCG